CUUCUCAGUGAAUUUUUGGAUGAAGCCAUUAAAUUAAUUGCUUGCCAUCAUGAGCAGAAGUAAGCGGGACAGCAAUUUUUAUAGUGUAGAGAUUGGAGAUUCUACAUUCACAGUCCUGAAACGAUAUCAGAAUUUAAAACCUAUAGGCUCAGGAGCUCAAGGAAUAGUAUGUGCCGCUUAUGAUGCCAUUCUUGAAAGAAAUGUUGCAAUCAAGAAGCUAAGCCGGCCAUUUCAGAAUCAAACUCAUGCUAAGCGGGCUUACAGAGAGCUAGUUCUUAUGAAAUGUGUUAAUCACAAAAAUAUAAUUGGCCUUUUGAAUGUUUUCACACCACAGAAAUCCCUAGAAGAAUUUCAAGAUGUUUACAUAGUCAUGGAGCUUAUGGAUGCAAAUCUGUGCCAAGUGAUUCAAAUGGAACUAGAUCAUGAAAGAAUGUCCUACCUUCUCUAUCAGAUGCUGUGUGGAAUCAAGCAUCUUCACUCUGCUGGAAUUAUCAUCGGGUUAGACUUAAAGCCAAGUAAUAUAGUAGUAAAAUCAGACUGCACUUUGAAGAUUCUUGACUUUGGACUUGCCAGGACUGCAGGAACUAGUUUUAUGAUGACACCUUAUGUAGUGACUCGCUACUACAGAGCACCCGAAGUCAUCCUAGGGAUGGGCUACAAAGAAAACGUUGACAUUUGGUCAGUUGGGUGCAUCAUGGGAGAAAUGAUCAAAGGUGGUGUUUUGUUCCCAGGUACAGAUCAUAUUGAUCAGUGGAAUAAAGUUAUUGAACAGCUUGGAACACCAUGUCCUGAAUUCAUGAAGAAACUACAACCAACAGUAAGGACUUAUGUUGAAAACAGACCUAAAUAUGCUGGAUAUAGCUUUGAGAAACUCUUCCCCGAUGUACUUUUCCCUGCUGACUCAGAACACAACAAACUUAAAGCCAGUCAGGCAAGGGAUUUGUUAUCCAAAAUGCUGGUCAUUGAUGCAUCUAAAAGGAUCUCUGUAGAUGAAGCUCUUCAGCACCCAUACAUCAAUGUCUGGUAUGAUCCUUCUGAAGCAGAAGCUCCACCACCAAAGAUACCUGACAAGCAGUUAGAUGAAAGGGAACACACGAUAGAAGAAUGGAAAGAAUUAAUAUACAAGGAAGUUAUGGACUUGGAGGAGAGAACCAAGAAUGGAGUUAUACGGGGACAGCCCUCUCCUUUAGGUGCAGCAGUGAUCAAUGGCUCUCAGCAUCCAUCGUCAUCGUCAUCUGUCAAUGAUGUGUCUUCGAUGUCAACAGAUCCAACUUUGGCCUCAGAUACAGACAGCAGUCUAGAAGCCUCAGCGGGACCUCUGGGCUGCUGUAGAUGACUACUCGGGCCUUGGGGGGGUGGGGGUAGGAGGUAUGGGGAGUCGUUUAGUCAUUGAUAGAACUACUUUGAAAACUAAGUAAGUCAGUGGUCUUAUUUUGAGUGAUUUUUUCAAAAAUGUAGAACUCAUUUUGUAGUAGUUUAUUUUUUUAAUUUCAAGUGAUGUAAUUUAAAACUUGUGUUUUAAAACAGCAACAAAACGUAUUUUUGCUGUAAUUAACUAUAAUGUAAACCUAAUUUUAUCAUGGUUUAAAAUCUUUGCAUAUUUGCUUUAUCUUAUGCUGCUGGUUUUUUUACUGAAUUUGUAAGAUUUUGUUUAUCAAAGCAACUAUUAUGUGGUGACUUGGCUAUAUCAUGAAUUAUUUAAGAUUUUUAUAGUUUUUUUAAUUUGAAAUUAUUUCAGAUGUUUUGUUCAUGAUGCUGUCCUUCAGGGUUAUGUGCUUAUCAAUGAAAUAAUCACAGAAGAGUGAGAGGGAAUAACCUGUAGCCACUUAUAUUCAGGAAUAACUACUGUAAAUGAUGAACAUGUUUUUUAAAAAAGAACCUCCAGAUUUGCUACUUGUCAAACCUAAUUUAGUUGCAACAGUUGGCGUACAGUCUUACAAGAAUUUUGGAAAAAGCCCCAUAAUCUAAAUAACAGAAUAACUCAGAGUAUGUCUUUAAAGAUGCUGAGCAUCUACCACCACCUUUCUAUUGCCCCAGCCACACCUAACAAAUGUGAAGGGAAAAGAAGAUGGUGUUUUCUGCAAAUCUGUGGCAUACUCAAAGCUUAUGAUCACAUAAAGUCAACAGGAUACUUCAUGAAUAAUACAUCUCAAUGGAAAUAAAAAGAUGGUUCAUUUCUACUUGCUAUGAGCCUGUUUUUGUACACACUGAGUGAAUCUACUCAGGCUGUAGAUCCCAGUGAUGAUUUGGUCUUUCUCUUUCCUGCAGCCUCAGGCCCUUGGACCUUUCUGGUUUCCUAUGAUUGUCAGUCAGUUGGCCACCAGUUUUGGUGUUUCUGGCCAUUUGAUUCUACCUGUAGCAUAAUCAUGUUUUUACAAGCUGUUGGGAGGUUCCAAAGUCUACUUAGAUAUUUGUAGGUAAUGUAUCAAAUGAGCAAUAUACCAUUCAUCAGAAAAUAGUAGCACACAGCCAUAUAUAAGGUAUCAUUUUCCAAGGACUGUUUCUUCACACUGAGCAGAGCAGGCAUAAAUGGUGAUUAUUUAGUCUUAAGUCAUUUUUUUAGUAUCUGGUUUUCAGUAAAACACACACUGUGGGUGUUGAGUAGUAUAAGAACGGUGCUGCUCCUGACGAGUGGAUGUUAACUGUUUACAUUUUAUAUCUGCAGAAUUAUUUCUACGUAACUGAAUUUUUCUUAAGUAAAAUGUCAUUGAAGUCUCAUCUCUGAAAUUCAUUGUCUAUAAUCCCCCAGGCACCUUUUGUUACAUUUGGAACAAGAGAGACUACAUGUCAUGAACUGGGAAAUGCAUACUUAAAUCAGUGACUAGGUUCUAGGCAGAAAGCUCAUUGGAAUUAAAGGCUAACAAGAGCAAGAACUGCUGUGGCUCAGCAUGUGGCAUCUGUAAGUUUGCUUGGCAUGUUAUUUGGUAUUUAGUGCAAAAUUCCUUUUGAGUAAAGUAUUUUAGAUUGUUAAUGUGCAAUAUUUAGGAUUAAAUACAUUAGCCUUUUUAUAUGCUUUAAAAUAGCAAGUUUGUUUUUGGUGGUUUAAAAGUCAUGAUUUCCUGUCUCAAAGUUGCCAACUCAAUCCUUUUUCUAUUCAUACAACAUGGUGUAUUAAUUUCAUUAAGCAAAUUAGAGUUUUGAGACUGUAACAUCAUGAUUUGUAGAAACAAGAUUGGAUUUACUAAGGAAUCUGAGCAUAAGUGUGUUAGUAGUUUAUGUUAGUUUUACAGUUAAUUAGCUCUGUUUUCUAGGAUAGAUCAUUUCACUGUUGCACUUUAAUAACUGACAUGCUUUCAGAAGCUUCCCAUACUUUAUGUUUGAUUGCUAGUAAGCCAUCUCUGUAGAUACAGAUUUUGGUUAAGCAAGGAAAACCAAGUGUUCUUACUGUAUCAUUUGUUGUAAAUGCCAGCUACCACUUGCCAACCAGCAUGUUUCAGUUGAUUCAAAGAAAGUGAACUCUUAUUAGUUAAUGUAGAUAAAAAAUACUUAAAUUCUGUCCUGAAAGCAAAGUCUGUUAAAUGUUGUGUGCCCUAGGUUUAACAUGCAAUAUCUAAAUACAACUAUUCCUCUUAAAUUUGUUAAGCUAAAUAUAUACAUGUUUAUUUUGGAAACUUUUUGAACCUUUAAAAACAUUUGUGUUUUAAGAGAAAUUACAAAUAAGAUUUCUAUCAUGCAGUACUUAAUGUAAAACCACCUUUCUUAUAAACUUUGAUUUUCAACUUUAUACACUUAAUAUACCCAUCGUCUUACCGUCAGAAAAUUAUUUUGACCAAGGUCUAUUACUCAACUUUAUGGGUUAGAAGAGACACUAAUUCUAAUUCUUUCUACAUACUUCUUCCUGGUUAUUAUUCUGUUACCCUCUAAUGUAUAUUGACCAAUUGUGAAAUGAUUGUGUUGUUGGGAUUGCAUCUCAGCUCUUUCAUACCAUUUGCUGAACAGUUCUCAUUUUGUCACAUAUCCUCGGCUGCUGGUUCUUCCUGGUGUUUACCCUUGGUUGGUUAAGGCACAGUGAAUUCACACAAGACUCCUAGAGAAAUGCCAGCCUCUUAUAUGAAGCUGCCACACAAACCCUUUGACAAUAUAGAGAAGCUUGAUUGUAUGUAAAGCAGCAGACUUUUCCUCUAAGUCCUUGUUACUCUGUUCCAUGCUAACUCUGCUGUGUUGUGAAUAGACAUUAAUGUCUGAUAGCAAAAUCAGCUGCAGGCAAGUGAAGCUGUUCUGGGGUUACAAAUAAGACUUGGUUUACACGAUCAGCCAGUAUGUGCUAUGCAUGUGAAGACUUAACUCCUCAAUGUUGCCUAGGCACAAGCCUUGUACAUUUUGAGGUAAAGCAUAGUCUGUUUUCAAAAACACUGUUGUAGUUUGUCUGUGAGUGUUUGUUCAUUAGUCACACAUUAGCUGUAGAGUGACUGCAUGAAGCCCCAUGACCCCAGUAAACUUCUCUAACCGGUAGAAAAACCAAACACCACCAUUCUGUCAUUAGCAGCCAUCUUAAAUGUUGAUUCUGUAUCCUUUACAUUUUAGUAUAGAUUGUGUUUCUACUGAUCUCUCUUAGGUUUUUUUCUGAAUCAGGGGAAACUUAAUUAUUCCUUAAUAGCAAGAAAGAUGAAGAGGUAAAGGGCAUUGAAGCAGAAACAUAUAGUUUGGGGUAUGAUUAGAAAACGCAUAAGGAAAACAAGUCCUAAUUAAUUUCAAACUAACUGCUCUUAGUUAAGUGCUCUUAAGGAGAGUCUAGUGAGAGUAACACUUCCUGGCCAUUUCCGAUUUAGGUUCUCUUCGUUACUGAAACUUUUAAGAAAUAUUACCUGUGGAUUAGUUUUGCACAAUGUUUUAUUCUCACAGUAACUUACAAAUUAAACUCGGCUUGUAUUGAACUACCUCACACUAAUUUUCUAUGCUUUCCCAAGCUUUUGCCCUUGCUGUUAGAUCUUUACUGAGUAUGAUUAUAAAUGUGUGUAAAAUACUUUAUAGCCAAUGUUGACACAGUACCAGUAAGUAUGUAAAAUGCAUACCUUGCAUCAGUAAGAGAGACUAACGAUAAAAUCUUUCACUGUAUAUCUUGGCAAAUUGUGUUAGAUGUGUUUGUUGGACAUUAUUACUGUCUGUUUUGUAAGUAGAAACCUGCUCGUGAUAUCAGUCCAUUCUUUACAUUUUACAAAAGGAAUAAAUCUUAGUAAAUUUUACGAAGAAAUAAAUUACUUUUGUAGGCCCGAUAUUUGGUAUAUUUUUGAGAAGCUCUUAAUCUUUUAGCCGAAUGAUGAAUUUAAAUUGAACUAGCUGUCUACCUGGACUGUGACAUCUAUUUUCUCAUUACAGUUUAUCCUGUUCAUCAGGUUUUAAAGCCUGAAAACUUAAGUAUGAUCAUUGACAUUUGCUUUCCUCCCUGUGUGAUGCCAUUCUUCAUUCCUUUCCCAUGUGUUCUGUUCCCUCUCCUCUCUAGUCAAAACAAAAUGGGGCACUUUGUAGGGAAUGCUGAGAUAAUUACUGUGGUUUUUAAUCAUUCAUGCCCUAGUCAUUAAACAUGCACCACUGGAAUGUAAACAAUGUUAUCUAGUAUGUUCAUUGGUUAUAAUAUUUUAAAUAAAAAAAGUGGUAUGAAAA